GAAAAGAUAACAAGAAAAAUACAAGCAAUUAUUUGCCAGCUAUUCUGAUUCGGAUGAAAUGGAUGACGUUGCCGUGGUCCAGAGUGAAAAUGAAAAUUUACGAAAAGUACGGACGAGAUUGCUCCAAUGGGAGUCAAGUAGUGACGCACUUGCUCCUUUAAAUACCUUACAGUUGGAAUGUUUAGAUAUAAUAACUAAUCAGUGUCGAAACUUCAAAGAGAUGCCGUCGGAGUCUACAUCCAUUACAAGCGCUGCAGAUACCAUAAUCAAAGAUGACAUAAAAAAUAAUAAGAGUACACUGAGUGCCAGCGCCCAAGAAUUGCAGGCUUUGCCAGCUCCUGGUAUUAAUAACACCAGAGACUUUCUCCUAUGGUACGAUCGUGUCAACGAGGAAAUUACUAGGCAUGCAGAUGCGCAGUAUUAUCAAUACUUACAACAAUUGGAACAGCGGGAUGCAGAAUGUGGAGAAAUUUUAGAGCAGAUCAACUCUGCAAUGCAGCAGUUGAACACCUUAAAAAAUGAAUAUGAGACGGUGUCACAAAAAACAAGUGCUUUAAAUACAGCCAGCGAGCAAUUGACGGAGGAACAGCACCGUUUACAUAAGCUUGGAGAAGAAAUACAACGACGAUUACACUAUUUUAGUCAAGUAGAACUGUUGCAUCAGCGAUUGCAGAGUCCCACAUUGUCGGUGGCAAGCGAGGCAUUUCGUGAUUGUUUGGAUCGUAUCGACGAGUGCCUUGAAUAUAUGAGAGCAAAUCCUAAGUUCAAAGAUGCUGGUUCUUAUACCGUUAAAUACAAACACUGUUUGGCCAAAGCGGUGACUUUAAUAAAAAGUUACACGUCCGUUAUUAUGUCGCAAGCUACCGCUGCCACGCUACAUCCAAAACAAGCGCACUUAACUAGCCUGCAAAGCGCAACUACAAACAUUUCGGACACUGACAAGAAAAAUACUGCAACUAUAAUAAACAGUUCGCCGGAUGCCGCAUUCGCUUUAUAUUAUGGCAAAUACCAAACAGCUGCCGUCAAGAUUAAACGUGUAGCGCAGUUAGUUGAGUCUCGUUUAGAACGCAGCGCCGAAUAUGAGCAGUUACUGGGUGAAAUGCAUCAAAACUAUCUAAACGAGCGGGCCCUCAUUAUGUCACCCGCUGUAAAUAAGGCCAUAUUGGAAUUGAAAGCCGCACAUAAAAGCGACCAUUGCGCGUUAACCCGUAGCGCUUGCGCAUUCCUAGUGCAUGUUUGCCAGGACGAACAGCGGCUAUUCUUUCAAUUUUUCGCAUUAGGUAGCGAACAGUUGACCACUUAUUUGGAGGGACUUUGCACAAUAUUGUAUGACACAAUGCGUCCCUUCAUUAUACACAUUAACCACUUGGAAACUUUGGCAGAAAUUUGUUCCAUUUUACGCAUAGAAAUGCUUGAGGAGCACGUGCAACAAAACCCUGGCGCACUGGAAGCUUUUGCGAACACUGCAAAUCAACUACUUCAGGAUGUUCAGGAGCGUUUGGUGUUUCGUGCGCAUCUUUAUUUGCAAUCGGACAUUUUAAAUUAUAAUCCAUCAGCUGGCGAUCUGGCUUACCCAGAUAAGCUGGAAAUGAUGGAGAGCAUCGCUUUGUCUCUACAGGACACGCAGCAUAUAAGACGUUAUGAUUCGCGUUCAUCGCUUAAUUCGAGCAUUUCAAGUGCAAUAGAAACGGAAAGCAUCGACACCGUAAAUCGACAACGAAACAUAAACUCUUCUCCUGCCGACCUCCAUGGCAUGUGGUAUCCAACCGUACGCCGCACAUUGGUUUGUCUUUCACGCUUGUACCGCUGCGUAGAUCGUCCCAUAUUUCAAGGACUCUCUCAGGAGGCACUAAAACUCUGCAUCCAAAGUGUCUCCGCUGCAGCAACGAAAAUUUCCGCAGCCAAGACUCCCAUAGACGGCGAACUUUUCGAAAUAAAGCAUCUCCUUAUUUUGCGCGAGCAAAUAGCGCCUUUUCGUGUCGAUUUCACCAUUAAAGAGACAUCGUUGGACUUCAGCAAGGUGAAGACAGCAGCAUUUGGCCUGCUACAAAAGCGCAAACAGCUCUUCUCAAUGGGCAGCAAUAAUGCGCUACUCGAAUUUUUGCUUGAGGGCACGCCACAAAUUAAGGAGCAUUUGUUGGACUCGCGUAAAGAAGUCGAUCGUCAUCUGAAAAUGGUGUGCGAACAAUUUAUAAAGGAUGCAGUGCAAAUGCUUGUUUCGCCCAUUUUAAAAUUUCUAGAUAAAGCGCAAACGCUCUUACAAACUAAAGAUAACAAAGGUGGUGGAAAUGAAAAAGAUGGAACAGCCACGACAAAAGUGAACUACGCUUUAAGACAGAGCGCGUGGGCGAGCCCACAGCAAAUUAGCAGUGUAAUUCAAGAGACACAGCGUCUAAUAAAGAAUAAAUUGUCGUCACUACAACGUUCCAUGCAACUCUACUUAAGCAAUCGCGAUACAGAGUUUAUAAUCUUUCGUCCGAUACGUAAUAACAUCAUUCAAACAUUCGUCAAACUGGAGCAAUUGCUCUCCACAAAUGGUUUCAAUAACGACGAUAUGACCAUCACCGGUUGUCCAACAGCCGAGCAGGUGUCUAUAUUAUUGUCCAGCGCAAGCAUUCUAGCCACAGAAGGUAUUGUGAACUUCUCAGCGGCGACGCGCAAGACCAGCACCUCUUCGAACGAGGAAGCGGCGCAAGCGAGACGCAUAAGCUUCGAGAAGCGUGUGUCGUUUGAGGGCGGUGUUACGCCGCUAGCGACCAUGGAAAAUCUACCCGAAAUGCCCGAAUCCGGUUCCUCAGCAGCCUCGCCUGCGCCGACAACGCUUUCAGAGCCAAAUGAUAAUGACACAACUACAACAGCGGAAACGGAAGCUAUUGUGUAGCUCAUUUCGUAAGCGUUCAAACCGUUAGUUUCAUAUGUCAUAUAUAGUGAAGGAACUUCACGCGAAAAACACAAACGAUAGGAAUGCAAAACAAAAUCUUGAUUUAUAUUUACUAUUACUUAGUUCACAUAUGUUAUUGCCUAACUUUAAUCUUAAAGCAAAAAAAAUUAUAUUCCAUGUGUCACCCACUUAUAUGUAUUAAUAAAAUAAUAAUAUACCUAUA